UUCUAUACACUUGUGAAGGGAGAAGGAUCAAGACUGCAUUGUGCCAAGUACUUCAGACACAUGGUUGUAUUUCCAUUCUCACAUGUAUUGUGCUGGGGAGGAACCAUUUGGUCCUGUUUUACAGUUGAGAAAGCAGGUCAGAAAUGGAGCAAUCUUUUAUUCAAGGUUGUAAGCUUAGUAUUGUAAAUGCCAGCCUUCAAUUUGGGUCCACUCACUGACCAGCAUGGAUGCCUACGUGUAUGGGGGGCCUGCCCCCUUUCACGGCUCCCAGAGCCCUCAUGGCACUCGGCUCCGGUUGUCCAUCACCCCCAAUCCCCCAAUCCCUGGAGCCAGCAGGUCACAGUGGUGGAUGCUUGUCCCACAUUUGCUUGGAAGAGAUGACCCAGCUGAGUGGGGUCUUUAGGAAUGGAGAUACACAGGGUCCCACGCAAAGCUGCUGUGUGAGGCAUUGCUGGAGGUAUGCCUGAGGUGGCUUGUCUGGAGGAAGACGAGGCCUGUGCGUAUGUGGGGGUGGCAGGGUUCCCUGGGCACACACACUAGUGAAGGUGCACUCUUGCCUAGGUUCCAUCACCAGGUAGAUAGUCCAGGCUGGCUCAUGUGGGUCACUCCUCCCCUUCCCAUGGCUGAGAGCUGUCUCCUCUAAAUAUAGCCCAGUGGGCUGAGCUCAGGCCUAUUUUAGGCCCAGGCUAGGAGGUGGCCAGGCCUUCCCCAGGCUCUCAGAAGAGCCACUGCUGCCUCCAUCCUGUCCUGCUACUGGACGCUCGCUAUCAUCAGCCCCCUGACUGCCCACCACCCGCUAUGCCCGAGGAGACCAGAGAAGACACUAUGGCACCAACGAUGAGCUCCAGGAGCAGGGCACCACUGGCCUCCAAUCACGUGCAGGAGGUGUGCCUGCACCGCGUGGAGUCCAUCAGCGACCUACAUAGUGGAGGUUCGCUGCGCCCCUACCUAGCUGAGGAGGCACAGCCAUGGGAUGAGCUGCUGAGCAUCUUGCCACCAUCGCUGUGUGCCCAGGCCAGCUGCAGCCCUGUGCACUGCCGUGGGGGCUUCCUGCUGCUGCUGGCACUGCUGGUGCUCACCUGCCUGGCGCUUGCUGUCCUGGCUGUCUACCUGAGCGUGCUGCAGAGUGAAUCCCUACGUAUGCUGGCGCACACACUGCAUACACAGGAGGAGAUGCUACUCAAACUCCGGCUCGCCAGCCUCAGCCAGCUGCGGAGGCUCAACUCCAGUGAGGCCCGGGCACCCAGUUGAGAUGCCGCUCGGACCUGGGGCCUGGGGGUGUGUGUAGGGGGGAAUAAAGUGGCCAUUGGCAGGUUUCUCCUCUCCCA